GCUCACAGCGUUUGUCACGAAGACGUUCGCUCAAGGCGAGCAGCUCAACGCGUACCAGGAGGUGUUCCCGCUUGACCAUAACGUCCUGGAGCGUUCGGUGGACUGGAUGUCCAGACAGGUCAACGGCAACGGAGAGUUCAUUGAGUACGGAAAAGUGUUCAACAAGCGUAUGCAGGGAGGUUCUGCCAAGGGUGAAGCGUUGACUGCAUAUACAAUGCUUGCUAUGUUUGAGGCUAAAGAAGUGUUUACUGGCCCAGAUGACACAAGGAUGCAGAAUGUGAUUUCUGCGGCCUUGAGAAAAGGAAGUUCUUAUCUAGAGGGGGAAUUGCCGUAUAUCAGCGACCCUUAUGACGCCUGUAUCGUGGGCUAUGCUCUCCAUAAGCAGAACAGCGUAAAGAAAGACGAAGCCUUCAACUUGAUCGAACGGCUGGCGACAACUGAAGAUGGCACCAGGUACUGGAAGCGCCCGAACCCCGAACCAAAACAUAGGUCCUACUGGUGGAGCCGAGGUGUGGAUGCCAUCAACAUUGAAGCCACGGCAUACUGCCUGCUCGUCUACUCCGAGCGGGGUAUCGCCACUUCAGCUGGACUGCCCGUCAUGCGAUGGAUCACCAAUCAAAGAGGACCCAAUGGAGGAUUUAUCUCCACUCAGGACACCGUUAUCGGCCUGGAGGCCUUGACCCGCGUCUCGGCCGAGCUGUACAGCACGGAGGACAUCCCUAUGACUAUCACGGUGUCCUAUGACGACGUGAAUGGCAUCACACAGAGCAACUCUGUCUUCAUAGACAAGUCCAGGGAGCUGCUUUUGCAGAAGAUCCAUAUCCCUUACAAGAAUGGUGCUCCAAGUAUGGUGAACAUCAGAGCUGAGACAAACAGCGGUCUCCCAAAGGAUACAACAGUUAUGGCAGAGGUGAUCACAGACUACAACGUCGACUCAGAGGCAACGACACCGACCUACGAGACUAGCCAUCAAAUGCUCUUCUUGGAGAACGGAAUAGAGCUCCAAAUCAAUAUCAAAUCGACUUCAGGGAACGCCAGUAUGACCACACUGCGAGUGGAGAUUCCUCCCGGCUACGACGUAGACCUGGAACUCCUGGAGUACAACCGGUACCUUAGUAAAUUUGAUAUGGACUACAAAAACGGGCAAGAUCUCAUCAUAUAUUUCGACACAAACGUGAUCACGACCGAAGGUGUCCAUGUGGUCAUAGCUCUGAACGCGAAGGGCUCCGGGGCUCUUAUUAGUCCAAAGGACAAAUCCUACACCAUCACCAAUUAUUAUGAACCGAGCGGAUUUGAAAAGAAAAACGGCAACGAUGUCUCCUUCAACAUUUUGAUUUACAUUAUUCCAUAGAAAUAAUUAUAUCUUGUCAGUUAUAGAAAUAGGUAGAUUACUUUUCUUUCAGAAAUAUUUUGUUCUCAUUUUCAAUUUCAUUUUUGAUUUCCCUCUGUUGUAAUUUGUUCAAAACAUGAUACAGUAAAAGGAAUUUGUGAAUGCACAAAAAAAUGAAAGGAAAAAGUACGCUUUUAUAUGUUUAAAUUUGUUAAUUUAAGUAUGUUAAUUUUUUAGGAGGGGGGGGAUGGUGUUGCUUUCUGAGUAUAAUUCACUUUUCGUUGCAUUAAACGUAUUUUUGACGAAUAAAGGACAUAGUAUAGAACUAAA